AUGGGAAAUGCCGAAUCGAAUGCAAAAAGCAGCCUUCUAAAAAAUUUUACGUACAUGAUAGAUGAAGAAAAUGUAUUUGGAACCCCCCAGCAAGCCAAAUUAAUGUAUUUUGAUUAUUUGAAUUUUUUACUAUAUGAAAUCGAGCAUGAAGCAUGGAAAUGGGAAAUAUAUAAAGAUUAUGUCACUAAAAGUGGAGGAGGUAGUACUCUUACAGAUGAAGAAUCAUUUUGUGGAUGGAAACAAAUACAAAAAAAAAUAUUUGAUAAAUUGGAUGAACAAAUAAAACCUUCAAAUCAAAAGAAAUAUAAGUGGGAAGAUCAUGCAUUACCACUAAUAAAUAUUAAAGAAAACUCAGUAUUGAUCUCAGAAAAAUGUGAUAAAAUAGCAGUUAAGGUUAAAGAUAAUAUACAGGAAUUAAACAAUAAUAAUCAUGGUAGCCAAACUAUAAGUUCACGUAGUAAGUGUGAAAAUUUAAAUACUGCACCAAAUUUACAUAUUCCUCUACGUAGAAGAGCACUAUUACUCGAAGGAAUGUAUCAAUACCUUAAUGAAAUUAACACAGAAAUUACGAAGAACAAAAAUGUACAACAAGCAUUGAAGGAUGUCAAUGUCGUUAAAACAAAAACAAAUAUAGCUGUAGGUCUGACAAAAGAUAUGAUUGAGGGUUUAAGUAACACGAUAAGCGAGAUUAUACACAAAAAACAUAAUAAUGAUCAUACUGCAUUUUGUAAAGAAUGGGAACGUACUAUGGAAGAUUACCAUACAUUAUUACAAGGUAUAGAUAUAGUUGAAGAAAAUGAAACUAAAGGAAUUCAAUGUGUAAUAAAACAAAUUGAAACAAAGUUGGGAGGAAAAGCCAAAUUUCAAACAGAAUGGAGUUCUCAUUUUAAAACUAUUGUAAAAGGUUUGCAAACAAAAAAUUUCCAAGACUCCAAAACAGGAAAACCUUGUGAAAUAUCUCAUGAAGAUAAAACCCAAUGUGUACGUUUUUUUGAAGAAUGGGCAGAAGAAUUUUGUGAAUUAAAAAAACAAUUAGGGAAAUUAAUCAUAAAAGAAUGUAAGACACAAAGCACUAGAACGAAACAAAGUAGUAAUAAUUGUAGAAAUGUAUGUAAUAUAUAUAAAACCUUUAUGACAGAAAGUGAGCCUUAUUUUACAAAAUAUGUUUCUACAUGUAUUGAUCAAAAAUUUGGAGGCGGAGAAAAGGAGGAUGAACUAAAAAGACGUUUUUCUAAAGCUGCUAUGGAUUAUAUGAAAGAUUGUUGUACUGAUCAUGGUCAUUGUAGUAGCAAAGAAUUAUUUAAUGUUCAAGAAGAUAAAAGUAAUAUUAGAUAUAAAUGUUUAUGUGACGAUGGGGAAUAUAAAAAGGAUUCAUGGAAAGAUACAAAUAAGAGUUGUUCAAAAAUCCAGGAUCCAGUCAGUAUAUCUGGAACACAUGUGGGAGCACGUCAACUUAGUACUUCCUCACAAAGUGCUAGUGCCGCGUGUGGAGGAAAUAAACGUGAUGCUACGUCCGUGACUAGUAUAGCGACCUUUUUUCAAUGGGAGGAAAAGAAUGAAGCAACUAAGCAGGGUAAAGCUGGUCAUGUUAAUGAGGGGGAGUUGAAAGCACAAUUAAAGGAUGCAAAAUUUAAAAAGGGUAGUGGAAAUGAUGUGGGUAACGAUGCUUGCAAUCUUAAUAAAGAAAAACAUACCAACGAUAGUCGUACAUAUGAUUCUAAGGCUGAUGGUAGUGAUGAUAAUAAACAUAGCGGUCCAUGUACAGGUAAAGGAAAUAAUCAAAACAGAUUUGAAAUAGGAAAACAAUGGGAACCACGGAAUAACAAUGAAGUAAAAGAUGAGCACCAAAAAGUAUUAUUUCCUCCUAGAAGACUAGAUAUGUGCACUUCCAAUUUAGAAAAUUUGGACACGGAAUAUGAUGGAUUUAAAGGUGAUAAAGCGAAGCAUUCAUUAUUAGGAGAUGUAAUGUUAGCAGCAAAAGAAGAAGGUGCCAAAAUAAUAGAACUGUAUAAAGAUAAAAAAGACAAUCAAAGUAUUUGUAGAGCAAUGAAAUAUAGUUUUGCUGAUAUAGGAGACAUUAUAAGGGGUAGAGAUAUAUGGACUGAAAACCGUGAAAUGAAAGAGCUGGAAAAUAAGUUGAAAAAAGUAUUUAGUAAAAUUCAACAAAAUCGUCAAAUCACAGGUAUUUAUAAAGAUGGUGAUCCAUAUACAGAAAUGCGUAACGAUUGGUGGGCAUUAAAUAGAGAUAAAGUCUGGGAUGCCAUGAAAUGUGCAAAAAGCGGCGGCAACAAUAUAUGUGAUGGUACCACCCCACAUGACGACUACAUACCUCAGAAAUUACGAUGGUUAAGCGAAUGGGUCGAGUGGUAUUGCAAGAGACAGUCACAAUUAUAUGGGGAGUUGAAACAGGCAUGUACAGGUUGUAGUGGUAUUAGUAGUGGUGGAUCAUGUAAAGAUUGUCAAACGUGCAAAGCAGCAUGUAGUAAAUAUCGAACAUUUGUUAAUUAUUGGGAAACUCAAUGGAAACAAAUGGAAGAAAAAUACAAAGAUUUAUACGCAAAAGCACAAAAUGAUAAAAGUAAUGAUGAAAAUGAAAAAUAUCUAUACCAAUUUUUAAAACAAUUACAAACACAAAAUAAGACAAAUACCACUUAUGAAAGUGCUGCAGGAUAUGUGCAGCAAGUACUACCAAAUACAGGUUGUGAGAAACAAAACGAAUUCUGCGAUAGUACUAAAACCAAUUAUGCUUUUGAGCAGACACCAAAAGAUUAUGCUACAGAGUGUGGUUGUAGUGAUCAGCCGGCACCACCAAAACCUCCGGCACCCACACCUACAUGUACAGGAAAUAAAGUAAUUGAUACGGCAAACGAGGUACAAAGAACAGCAUCCCAGGAUUCAAAAAGUCGUGAUACUCAGAAUAAAUUGAAAGGAAAUAUAGAGAACGCGACAUUUAAAGAUGGUAGUAGUGUACAAAAUCUGAAAGAUAAUAUUUGUGGCCUUGACAAAACCGAACAUACGAAUGAUGUUCGUGAAAAAGAAAAGAGAACUGAUGGUCCAUGUGAAGGAAAAGGAACAGGAAAUAAUCAAGACAGGUUCGUUAUAGGAAAGGAAUGGAAAACGAAUAAAGAUGCUAAUGAUAAACACAAUGAUGUUCUAUUUCCUCCAAGAAGACUAGAUAUGUGCACUUCAAACUUAGAAAAUUUAUCUAGAAAAGAUAGUACUCCUGAUUUUAUAAAUCGAUCAGGUGCUAGUGUUAAUGAUUCUUUUCUUGCUGAUGUUUUGUUAGCAGCAAAAUACGAAGGAGAGUUCAUAUCAUAUAAACUUUAUAAUGAUACCUCCCGUAUAUGUAAUGCUAUGAAAUCUAGUUUUGCAGAUUUGGGAGAUAUAAUACGAGGAAGAGAUAUAUGGAGUAAGAACUCUGACAUGGAAAAGCUAGAAACUAAUUUGAAAGAAAUAUUUAAAAAAAUCAAAGAAAUUGAUGGUAUCAAGGGCAUAUAUGAUAAGGAUGACCAAAGCAUUCCCCCAUAUAAAAAUUUACGUAACGAUUGGUGGGAAGCGAACAGAAAAGAAAUCUGGAAAGCUAUGACCUGUAGUGCUCCAUCAGAUGCUGAUUUAUCCAUUCCUACAACGGAUCCUAGUAUACGUAAAUGGCAAGGUCCUAAAUGCGGACAUGAUGACCAAGAUUUUGUACCUGUAGAUGAUUAUAUCCCUCAAAAAUUACGAUGGAUGACGGAAUGGAGCGAAAACUAUUGUAGACAGCUCACGGCUGAUUAUAGACCGAUGAAGGGCUUUUGUAAGUUAUGCAAAAUAUAUAGAGAAAAAAAACAACAAACUGACAGUGAAGCAGAAAACACAGCGUGUAAAUGGUGUGCAGGACUGUGCGGAAUAUAUACUGGACACGUUAAUGAUUGGAAAACGUUUUGGGAUACACAAAAAGAACAGUACAACAAAUUAUACAAAAAGGCAAAUGGUAGUAGAAGUAGUAGUGACGAAAUUGAGAAAAAACAUGAAGAAUUUUUAGAAAAAUUACAAAAACCAAAUAGUUGCCCCAGUAGCAAUAAUAGCAAUUGUGAAAAGCCUGAAGAUUUUAUAGAUUUGAUGGGAGGAUAUAAAUAUUGCAAAGAUACGUCACAGACUAAAUUUAAGGACAGUGAGGAAAGUGACGAUGCUCAUGUACUUAAAGAUAAACCAAAAGAUUAUAAAGGGGAAUGCGAAUGGAAACCGAGAGUUAUCACAACGCCACCCCCAACACCUUCAUUACCAAAACAACCGUGCGAUAUAGUUAAAACAAUGAUAGGAAAUAAUGAUGGAACGAGUACAAUAGAUAAUUGUAAUCCAAAAAAUAAAGAUAAGAAAUGGGAUUGCACCGAUAAAAGCGUUGAUAUAAAAAAUCAUGAUGGAGCAUGUAUGCCCCCAAGAAGACAAACCCUAUGCAUACAUAAUUUAAAAGAAUUAUCGACAACUUCAAAUGAAGAAGAAUUGAGAGAAGCUUUUAUCAAAUGUGCUGCAAAGGAAACGCUUUUUUUAUGGCACUAUUUUAUAAAUCACGGUGGGGGAAAAAACAGUCGUCUCUUGCUCGAAAAACACUUGAAAGAUGGAACUAUUCCUUUUGUUUUUAAACGUCAAAUGAUCUACACCUUUGGAGAUUUCAAAGAUUUAUGUUUAGAUAAAGAUAUAGGUAAUAAAACUACUAAAGGGAUUGUGAACGAUGUCGGUAUAGCAAUAGAUAAUAUAAAAAAUAUUCUUAAAAGUGACGACGUACGUAAAAAUUGGUGGAAACAAAACGGUCCACAUAUUUGGAAAGGAAUGUUAUGUGGGUUAUCAUAUGCUAUCAAGGAAAAGAGAACACAAAUCGACGUGCAGAACAAACUUACAGAUAACUACAAAUAUGAAUCUAAUAAAUUAAAUUCUAAAAUAGAUAAUUAUGUCCUCUAUGCUGAUUCAACUCCUCAAUUUUUACGCUGGUUCACAGAAUGGAGUGAAGACUUUUGCAUAGAACAAUCUAAAAAGUAUGGAGAAUUGUAUAAAGCGUGUGUGAAAUGUGAGGUUACUAGUAGUGGUACAACAGCAACAUGUGAUACAAAGGGUGAUUGUAAGGAUUGCAAAGAACAUUGUCCAGAAUACACAAAAUUUAUUAAUGAGUGGAAGAAGGAUUAUAAUAAACAAAAGGAAAAAUUCAAUAACGAUAAAAAGGACAAAUAUGAUGAUGUUUCUUUUGUAGAUAAGAAAAAAAGUGCUCACGAAAAUUUAAAUAACGCAUUGGACACCCUUGGUAAAUAUAAUAGUUGUAUGGAAGAUACAUCUACGACGAGUACGGAUAUACCUGCAUCCUUGGAUGAAACUCCUGAUAAAUUUAAAGAUGAGUGUGUGUGCACUGGCCCACCAAAACAUGUAUCCCCAAAAUGCACGAAUAAUAAAAUUCUCUAUGAGGCAAACAUGAAACAGUAUGAGGCGAAAAAACAAUUGCGUAUUAAUAGUGAUUUGGUAGGGGAUAUAAAAAAAGCAAAAUUUAGAACAGGUAAGACCGGAAGUGAACUGAAUGGAGAAAUUUGUAGUAUAACCAAGGAAUAUACCAAUGAUGUUCGAGAAGAAAAGUUACGUAAAGGUGGCCCCUGUACAGGAAAAGGAACAAGCCAAACAGACCAAAGGUUUAUUAUUGGAGAUAAAUGGCAACCUGGUGGCACGGAUAUGCGUAAAGGUCACACUGAUGUAUUGUUACCCCCACGACGUAAACAUAUGUGCACAUCAAAUUUAGAGAAUUUGGGCGCAAAAAGUGGUGAACCUGAUUUUAUACGUACGACAAGUGGUGCUAGUGUUAAUGACUCGUUUCUUGGUGACGUGUUGUUGGCCGCAAAAUAUGAAGGAGACGAUAUAGUAGAAAAAUAUCUAAGUAAAGGUGAUAAGUCAGGUAUAUGUAAUGCUAUGAAGUACAGUUUUGCGGACCUUGGAGAUAUAAUUAGGGGUAGGGAUCUAUGGAGUCGAGAACAGGGUAACACAGAUUUACAAACAUACUUAACACAGAUAUUUAAAAAGAUUCAUGAACAAAAUGGAAACAAUAAAUAUCCUGGUGAAGACCAAACGCAACCCCCAUAUACCAAACUUAGAGAACACUGGUGGGAAGCAAACAGAAAAGAGAUAUGGCGCGCCAUGACGUGCUCGGCACCAGAAACAGCCAAUCUGUUUAUUCCUACACCUAGUGGUAAUGAAAAAAAGUGGGAACGAUAUAAAUGUGGGCGCGAGUCGUAUGUUCCUCCAGACGAUUAUAUCCCACAACGGUUACGAUGGAUGACCGAAUGGUCCGAAAGUUACUGCAAACAGUUGGAAAAAAACUAUUGGCCACUAACAUUUUCAUGUAGUGUGUGCAGAAGUCUUAAAAACUCAAAAAAACAAGAAAACAGUGAAGCAAAGAACGCAGCAUGUAAAAUGUGUUCAGGUAUGUGCGGAGUAUAUAAAGAUCAUGCUACAGGAUGGAAAGGUCAAUGGAACGAUCAAGAAAAAAAAUACCAAGAAUUAUACAAACAAACAAAUAGUGGUAGUGACCCAAUUAAAAAAGAACAUGAAGAUUUUCUACAAAAAGUAAAGGAUCCAAAUAGUAAUGCCCAUUGCGCCACUAAGGAUCCAAACGAUUAUAAUAACCUGGCCACCUAUGUGUCGUCCAUGGGAGGAGGAACUUAUUGUAAUGAUACGACACAGAUUAAAUUUGAAGAGAAAAGUGGUAGUCAGGACCAAUAUGUAUUUAAGGAACAUCCGAAGAACUAUAUAGAUGAAUGUAAACACGAUAAGACGACACCACCAAAGGCACCAGAUAAUACACCAAGGGGACCGGAUCCGUGCGAAAUAGUUAAACCACUACUUGAGAAUAAGACUGAGAACGAUAGAAUAGCUCAGUGUGGAAAAAAAAAUUCAACGAACACAUGGAAUUGUACUGAUAAGAUUGAUUCACAAUAUCGUAAUGGAGCAUGUAUGCCCCCUAGGAGACAAUCGUUAUGCAUACAUAAUUUAACACAACUUGAUCCUACAAAACAUACAAAAGAAGAUUUAAGAAAAGCACUCAUCGAAUGUUCUGCAAUAGAAACAUUUUUCUCAUGGCAUCAUUAUAAAAGUAAAAAUGGAGGUACAAAUUUCGAUGAGCAUUUAAAAAAAGGAAAUAUCCCUCCCGACUUAUUACGCUCCAUGUUCUUUACAUAUGGAGAUUAUAGGGAUUUGUGCUUAGGAAAUGAUAAAAAUAGUGAUGUGAAAGGUGCAACAGAUAAAAUAACUGCAGUUUUGGAAAAAAAUGGCCAAUCUGGCACAGAACAACGUGAAUCUUGGUGGGAAACAAACGGUCUAGAUAUUUGGAAAGGAAUGUUAUGCGGUCUAUCACAUGCUAUCAAUAACAAAGGCAAGCAAAUCGACGUGCAGAACACACUUACCACAAAAGAAGAAUACAAAUACGAUCCUAACAAUUUAACUUCAGGAAUAGCAAAGUAUAUCCUUUAUACUCAUACGACUCCUCAGUUUUUAAGAUGGUUUACUGAAUGGGCUGACCAAUUUUGUCUGGAACAAUCGAAACAGUUCGUGCAGUUGUAUAAUAAAUGUCAGAAAUGUAAUGUCAAGGGUGGUAGUAAAACAUGUGACAAUGAGACUGAAUGUAAAGAGUGCAAACAACAAUGUGGAAUAUAUACAGAAUUUAUUGAACAGUGGAAAAAUAAUUAUACUACACAAAAAGAAAAAUUUGAUAAAGAAAAAGACAAAGAGCCAUAUAAGUAUGCUCCUUUUGUCGAAACGAACACCCCUGCAUAUCAAUAUAUAGAUCAACAACUGGAACUUUUUGAUCUACAUGGUAACUGUAUGAAAGAAAUAUCGAAGACACAACAGGGUAAUGAUAUGCCACAAUCGUUAGAUACAUACCCCCCAGGGGAUUACGACAAGAAAUGUACGUGCCAGGAAGAUAAACAGGCAUCUAGUAGUACUUCCCCUGCUGGUAAAGAUGGAGCUGCUGGUCCUGAUGGUGGACCUGGUCGUAGUCUUAAUAAUAAUAACAAUAAUCCUGCUGGUGGUACUACCCACCAAAAUAGUGGUGAACCACCGAAUCCUAUGCCAAACCAGAAUCCAGAUAGUGGUAAGACACAGGCCAAGUGUGAAAUAGAAACAUAUAUAAAACAAAAUGAUGAGACAAAAAGACAAAAGAGCGGUGGUGGUUGCAAUGAAAAAAAUUUUGACUCGAAACCUUGGGAUUGCGGUGGAACAACUUACAGUGUAGUGUCAGGAAAUGGUGAAUGUAUGUCUCCUAGACGUCAAUCGUUAUGUAUACAUUAUUUACAAAAUGAUAUUAACGGAAAUAAGGGAAAAGAAGAGUUGAAAGAAGCAUUGUUAAAAUCUGUAUCACUUGAGACACAUUUGUUAUGGGAAAAAUACAAAAAAGAUAAAGAUAAACAAAAUCUAACCCUCAAACCAGAGAAUGAAUUAAAAGGUGGAAAAAUUCCUGCUGAUUUUUUACGAACUAUGUUCUAUACAUAUGGGGAUUUCAAAGAUUUGAUAACAGGAAAUGAUUUAGGUAUUCAUACAGGUAAUAGCGAUAUAGAGACAAAAGUAAAACAAAUUUUAAAAAAUCCAAGUGGAUCAUCACCCCCUGCAACCACAGAGCGUGAAUCCUGGUGGAAUGAUGUCGCCAAAGAUGUUUGGGACGCGAUGGUCUGUAGUCUGACACACAAUAUAAGUGGUAUAGACCCCAAAACGUUACAAAAAACACUAAAAAGUGCCUACUCCUAUAGUACCGUGACUUUUGGUCCCACUGGCGGCACGUCGUUACACCACUUUGUGGCACGGCCACAAUUUUUGCGCUGGAUGGUCGAGUGGGGGGAAGAUUUUUGCGCCGAACGACAAAAAUUAGAAAAUCAGGUAGGAAAGGAAUGUAAGGGAGGAAAUGUUUGUAAUAAUCCGAAACAUACUUGCAAUCUUGCAUGUGAAAAAUAUAAAAAUUAUGCUGAUAAAAAAAAAAAAGAAUUUAAGGGACAAACUGACAAAUUUGUUAAAAAUGCAAGCGAGACAGAUGCACAUGAAGAAUACAGUGGAUAUGGUUAUGAAUACGGAAAAGGAUCCAAACAAGGGAAUGAUUAUUUGAAUGAUAAAUGUGGAAAUGAUACAUGUUCAUGUAUGGAAAGAGGUGUUAUUGGAGACAAACCAAAAGAUAAACCUUUUGGAAUAUAUGCACAUGAAUAUUUUGAUAAAUGUAAUUGUCUUGGUGGAACAUACGUACCUGCACCCCUACCUCCUGCGUCUAUGCGUCCUCCGGAAGCGACAAAACCUGUGGCAACUAAACCGGAGGUUCCGCGACCACAGGCAGAUCAGGAACAAAAAACUUCAUCACAGACACCAGCACAUGGUGGAUCUGGACACCAACCGGUACAACCGCAAGGUCCGCCGUCGAAACAACCUGCAUCACCAAAUUCGUCACCAGGGAGAUCGGGACCUGGGACUACACCAUCACCAUCACAACCGAAUCAGACUACACAACCAACGUCACAAGGAAGGGGUAAAGCUCAUGGUACUCCUGUUACAAUCAUUACUACUAAAACUACAGACGAUGGAUCAAAAGUUACAACUUCAGUUUCAUUUCAGCCUGACACGCCUCAAACAAGUACCUCCUCGCAUAAUGGUCAACCCAUUGAUCCUGCUGCUGCUCCCGCUAGUCAACCUGCUGCUACAGCUCCUAAUUCUAGUAAUUGGUGGGAUAUAAUAAAAGAUGCUGUUACAACAACUACAACUCUUGCGGCAGGAGCGGGAGCUCUUGGAACAAAAAAAGCUAUUGAUGCUACUGCAAAUUGGGGAAUACCAAUUGCAGAAAAAGCUGCAGAAAGUGGAAUAAAAGUUGCAAAUGCUGUAAUACCAAUUGCAAAAGAAGCUGCACCAAUUUUCAAAGAAAAAAUAAUGGAGGUAAUUAGUCCCCCUCCUGCUGCUAGUACAAAUAGUCUUGAUCCUAACUCUAUUGGUAGUAUUAAUAGUGGUAGUAUUAAUAGUGGUAGUAUUAAUAGUGGUAGUUCUGGCACUGGUUCUACUGGGAAUCAAAAUCCUGGUUCACCAAGAUCUGGAUCAACGUCACAUUCACAGAAUAGCGCGGUGGCACCACGGGGACCUGGAGCAGGACCAGCAUCAUCAAACCCAAAAAGUGGAGAACCCGUAACCCCCAACAUAAUCACAACAAGUGUGUUAUCUACGACCAUUCCAUGGUCUAUAGGUUUUGCGUUUGUGGCGAUAGCAUAUUUAUGGUUGAAGAAAAAACCCAAAUCUUCUCCUGUGGAUUUGUUACGUGUUAUUGAUAUACCCCAAAACGAUUAUGGCAUACCUGAUAAAACAUCUUCUAAUAGGUAUAUACCAUAUGGUAGAUAUAAAGGCAAAACGUACAUAUACGUGGAAGGAGAAGAAACGGACGAUUAUAUUCGUGAUAUAUCUUCUUCUGACCUAACUUCGUCAGAAAGUGAGUAUGAAGAAGUGGGUAUCAAUGAUAUAUAUCCAUAUAAAUCACCUAAAUAUAAAACUUUGAUCGAAAUCAUACUAAAACCUAGCAGCAAAAAAACAUAUGAUGAUACACAUAUGUAUCAUAUAGAGGAUACUAGGGAUAUACCUAGUGAUAUACUAUAUACACAUUACCAUAUACCCACCAAUGUACUUACAGAUGAGGAAUGGAAUGAAUUAAAGAAGGAUUUUAUAUCUAACAUGUUACAUACUAAUCAAUACGAUGCAUAUGAAAAUCUACGUCGAAACAUUACAAAUACACAAUCUGAUAUUGUGGAUAAUAUUAUGCUAGAACGACCUUUUAUUACAUCUAUUCAAGAUAGAGUUUUACAUGGUGAUAGAGAUAUUGUUACUUAUAAUAUUGAUUGGAAUAUUACUGAAAAUAUUAAUAGGACUACUAAUACUACAGAUGUUCCAAAAUAUCUUUCAUCAAAUGAUCAAUAUUCUGGUAUAGAUUUAAUUAAUGAUUCGUUAAAUAGUGAUCAACAUGUUGAUAUUUAUGAUGAAUUAUUGAAAAGAAAAGAAAACGAAUUAUUUGGGACACAUCAUAAGAAACAUACAACAAGUACAUAUAGUGUUGCCAAACAAACAUACAGUGAUCCUAUAAGUAAUAAAAUUGAUCUGUUUCAUAAAUAG